UGGCAUUCCGGCUGCAUCUGAGGACAUGGGGAUUGCAGGACCAGGCGUUGAGCCUGAUACAACUACAGUUCCUGGGGCUGAAAAUCUUCAUGGCAGUGGUGCCUCCCCGCCUUUGCCGAGUGGUGUGAGUACUCCGCCUGCAGGGGCUGACGUACCCUCUUCUGCUGCUGUCUCGGAGCCUGUCGGCUCUCAACCUGAUGGGACAUCCGUUGGCGUCGGAUCUCGAUCUUCUUUGCACGAGCGUGUCCGUAGCCUUUUGGCCGAUACUGAUCCUGACGGAGAGGCUUUCCGUACGGACCUCAGCUUCUUCACCGCCUGGUAUAAUGGCUUGAUCGAGAAGCUUCUCCACCGAGGAGGCGGCUUCGAUCAGUUCCGGCGUUCCUUCUCUCGCCACAUGACGAUGAUGAGGGAAGAAGGAUACCCGGAACUGGCUGAUUCCUUCACUGCUGAUUUCGCUGCCCUGGAGUCAGAGAUACGAGAGUUGAAGGAACUGGAGGUUACCGGGGCUUCUUCUUUCGUAUCCUCUGAGUUAGAGCAUAGGAUGGAGCAGUGGCGUGAACUGAGAUCUUCCGUCGGGCGUGAGCUUCAGUCACGCUAGAGCUCCCUUGCGCAUCUAAUGGCUAACAUGGCGAGGAUGGAUAGGGAGAAAGCUGAGUUACUCCGUUCCUUGGACUCGAAUCGCGAGGAAGCGACUAGGUUGAAGGAGGCCUUGAAGCGUGCCGAGGAAUCCGCCGUUCUUAUCGCAGAUGACUUGAUCGGACUAGAGCGUUCUCGUGACCGGGUACUCGAGGAGUUCGGAUCCACUCAGGAGGGAUUGAUGAAGUUGAAGAGUGAAGCUGCGGAGAUCUUGAGCUGUUCUGAGGAAUCUGCCCGAGCAGAUCUGCAGGCGGGACUUGAGCAGAGUUAUGCAG